AUGAAUGAGAUCUAUAGCUCUUAUGAAUGGAGUACAAAUAUUACAGGAUCACUCUUACGAGAUUUCACCUAUGUGAGUUUGGAGGUGGGGCUGUUUCCUAUGAGAACUGGCCUUAUUUUCUUAAAUACGCUCAUGAAACUGGGUAUGGCACAAAGCCGUUUUUGGUUUUCUAAGAGAAGAUUCAAUGUAAAGCACACCUCUAUAAUGCAUAAUAGUCCCUCUUUACCUUGUAAUCUUUAUGUUUUGGUAUAUAGAAAAGUAGAGAGGUUGGAGGUUUGGAAAAUGAAAGGCGAAAAGGUUCAUGUGUUUAUGUCACCUCUUUGUUUUGGGCAGCCUGAUAGCUGUGGUCGAUACAGUAAAGAGGUCAGAGUAUUGUUAGAAUCAAUAAUGUCUGGCGUACUUAAUUAUGCUUCUUGGAAGGUUAGAAUGCGUCCUUUUCUGAAAUCUUUAGAUGAGCAUGUUUGGGUAAGUGUGCAAAAUGGUUGGAAACCUCCCUCCACUACUGUUUCUGGAACUAUUAAUCUAACUGACAUAUCACUGUGGACUAAGGAUGAAAUAGCUGAGUGUAAUUGGAAUAGCAAGGGUCUUCAUGCCCUGUUUAUGGCCGUGUCUCCCAAAGAGUUUAGGAGAGUGUCAAUGUGUGAAACUGCUAAAGAGGUUUGGGACAUUCUUGAAACUACACACGAGGGAACUAAAACGGUAAAGAAUUCUAAGUUACAAAUGCUAGCAUCUAGGUUUGAAGAAGUGAGAAUGAAGGAUGAUGAAACGUUUGACGAAUUCUAUGCUAAAUUGAAUGACAUUGUUAAUUCUAGCUUCAAUCUAGGUGAGAGAAUUCCCGAGUCUAAAAUUAAAGGAAAGUCCGUAGCCUUAAAAUCCAUCAAAGAGGAUGAAUCUUCUGAUACUGAAUCACUUAGGGACGAUGAAAUUGCUUACUUUGUUAAGAGAUUCCAAAAAGUUCUCAAGAAUAGGAAAAAGCCUCAUGAUAGAAAAAGUGGAGCCCCUAGCAGUUUUUCAAAAGAAAAAAUUGAAAAGUUUACCAAUAAAGGGUCUAGUGAUAAGCCUCGUUUGGUUAGGUCCCAUGAGUAUAAUGAAUCUGAGACCAGUGAUAGGCAGGAAUCUUCUAGUAGUGAGAACGAAGGAAACUAUAUGGCAUUUGUAUCGACUAUUAAGAGUGAAUCUGACAAAGAAAGUAACAAGGUUGAGGAAGAACUUCCUAACGAUAAUUCUAGUAAUGAGGAUGAGGAUGACAUAGACAUACAAGAAGCUUAUCAACUUUUGUUUAAAGAGAGUCUUAAAAUCAAAAAGAAAUUGGACAAUAUUUUGGGAAUGAAUAAGCCUGCAGGAGAUAGGAAAGGUCUAGGAUACGUUAAGGGUAACACACAUGUUACUAGACCAUCUAAGACUGUGUUUGUUUCUGCCUCUAAGAAAGCUAAUGCUGUCGGCAGUUCAAAAAAGGGUAAGAAUGUUCCGAGAGAACAGAGUCAUCAAUCACGUAGGAACUUCAAUCCCAGAUACCCACAGACACGUACCUUUGAGCCUAGGUUCAUUCCCACCUGUCACCACUGUGGAGCUCUAGGACACACUAGGCCUAGAUGUUAUAAGUUAGGCAAUGAGCAUAGAAAUCAUAACAUUCCUAGUCAGGUUAGCUUUCUGUCUAAUCAGGUUAGUCAUUUGACUGAGAUGCUUACUAAGCUUACUAGGAGUACUUUAUCGUCUACGAAAGUUUGGGUCAAAAAGGGUGAUCUAGCUAGACAUUCAGGUCAAGAAAACUGUUUUGUUGCUCAUGUUGCAUUAAAAGCCCAAAAUUACAAUAUGUGGUAUCUAGAUAGUGCAUGUUCUAGGCAUAUGUGUGGUAAUAAAGCUUUGUUCACUACUCUUGAUGAAUGUAAUGGUGGUAUGGUUACUUUUGGAGAUGGGGGUUCUGCACCUAUUCUUGGCAAAGGUACUGUACAAAUGCAUGGAUUACCUGUGAUAUCUAAUGUGCUUUAUGUGGAAGGCUUAAAGUCUAAUUUGUUAAGCAUUAGUCAGAUUUGUGAUGAUGAUUUUGAGGUUAGCUUUGUGCAAAAGAGAUGUACCGUGUAUGAUUCGUCCGGUGGGGUGGUCCUUGAAGGGGUUAGAACGUCUGACAAUUGUUAUGGAGUUUUGCCUAAUUCUAAUUACGUGUGUAGGAGUGCAAAAAUUGAUGUGAGUGAGCUCUGGCACAAAAGGUUAGGUCACUUGAAUUAUAAGAGUCUAGUACAGCUAGCUAAGAAGGAAUUGGUAGAUGGUUUGCCUAAGAUAAGUCCGAGUGAAAAUGUUGUGUGUGGACCAUGUCAACUAGGUAAACAGUUUAAGGGAAGUCAUAAAAAGACUUCUAAAAUUCUGAUCAAAAGACCCAUGGAAUUGAUACACAUGGAUUUAAUGGGACCAUCUAGGACUGAGAGUCUAGGAGGUAAACGAUACAUUAUUGUUGUGGUAGAUGACUUCUCGAGGUUCACAUGGAUAGAAUUGCUUAGGGAAAAAUCUGAUGUAUGUGAUCUUAUAAAGUCUCUGUAUAAGCGGCUUAGUAAUGAACUCAAUCUCGAAGUGUCUAGAAUGCGUAGUGAUCAUGGAAAAGAAUUUGAAAAUUCUAAUCUUGAGAGUUUUUGCAUGGAUGAAGGGAUAUUGCAUGAGUUUUCUUCCCCUAUCACUCCUCAACAAAAUGGGGGUAAAAAGCCUACGGUUAAGUACUUUCGUGUGUUUGGGAGUAAGUGCUAUAUUCUGCGUGAUAGAGAGAACUUGGGUAAGUUUGAAUCUAAGAGUGAUGAAGGAGUUUUCUUAGGAUACUCUAGAAAUAGUCGAGCAUUCCGAGUAUAUAACUCACGAACUCAUGUUGUGAUGGAGUCAAUCAAUGUUGUGAUAGAUGAUGCUGUGAGUGAGGGGGAGAGUGUUGAAAAUUGUGACAGGGAUGGUGAUCUUAUAAGUUCUAGUGAUCCCACUGAACCACCUGUGUCUGAAUCAUCUCUUAGGAAAAUUGAAACACCUGAAAAGGAAACACUUCCACAAGAUUGA